AUGAUAAAUAAAAGAUGCUUAUCUUCUACCAACAAAGCUCAAAUAUCUACUUACAAGACACCUGAUUUUGGUGAUGCAGUUAAAAAAGAUAAAUCUACUGACAAAGGUAGAUCUUACGCAUAUUUCAUGAUUGGUUCCCUAGGUAUGUUAUCUGCAGCUGGUGGUAAGUCAACUGUGGAAACUUUCCUAGGCUCUAUGUCUGCCAGUGCCGAUGUCCUGGCUAUGGCUAAAGUUGAAGUCAACUUAGCUUCCAUUCCAGAAGGUAAGAAUGCUGUGGUGAAAUGGCAAGGUAAACCAGUUUUCAUUAGACAUAGAACUGCUCACGAGAUAGAAGAAGCUAACCAAGUGGAUAUUACUUCAUUGAAGGAUCCUCAAGCUGAUGCUGAUAGAGUUAAAAACCCAAGCUGGUUAGUCAUGUUAGGUGUCUGUACUCAUUUAGGUUGUGUUCCAAUCGGUGAAGCUGGUGAUUUUGGUGGUUGGUUCUGUCCUUGCCAUGGGUCACAUUAUGAUAUCUCCGGUAGAAUCAGAAAGGGUCCAGCUCCUCUAAACUUGGAAAUUCCAACGUAUGAAUUCCAAGAUGAUACAUUGAUUGUAGGUUAA